AUACAUCUCAUAAUGGACAUAUUUGACUUAAUUCCAACGCCCAAUUUUCAACUUAAUUGAUCAGAAAAUUAUAUAUUGUGACUCAUACAAUAUUUUUUUUAUAUAAAUGCAUAUAUAUUGAUAAGAGGAAAGUUAUUUGCAUGCUAUAAGAAGUUUUCAAGAGUUUGUUGUGGCACUCUAGGAUUGACAAAUAUGGAGGUGGCAAAAUUAGAUAACUUUGAUGACAAGAAAGAAGAUGAAGUUGUGCUUCCUGGGUUUAGAUUCCACCCAACAGAUGACGAGCUUGUCGGAUUUUAUCUACGGCGAAAAGUGGAGAAGAAGCCUCUUCGAAUUGAACUCAUCAAAGAGAUUGACAUAUACAAAUAUGAUCCAUGGGAUCUACCAAAAGCUAGUACUGUGGGGGAGAAGGAAUGCUAUUUCUUUUGUUUAAGAGGAAGAAAAUAUAGGAACAGCAUAAGGCCUAAUAGAGUGACAGGAUCUGGAUUUUGGAAAGCUACGGGGAUUGAUAAACCUAUAUAUUGUGUUAAAGAAUCACAUGAAUGCAUUGGACUCAAGAAAUCAUUGGUUUAUUACCGUGGAAGUGCAGGGAAAGGCACCAAAACUGAUUGGAUGAUGCAUGAAUUUCGUCUACCACCUAAAGGAAAAACUAGCAAUAAUCAAGUUCUUAACCAUACCAAUGAUGUUCAAGAAGCUGAAGUGUGGACACUAUGCAGAAUAUUCAAACGAAUUCCAUCAUACAAAAAAUACACACCAAAUGUGAAAAAAGACUCGGAAGCAGCAGCAUUCACUAUUAACUCUUCAAGUUCCAAAACAUGCAGCUUAGAUUCAGACAACACCAAACCACAAUACUUGACUUUCACAAACUCACAACAUGUUGUUCAACAGAAUCAUGAAACCAAACCAUUCAUUAAUGGACAUGUUGUUGACCAAAGAUUUAACAACUCAUUUCUAAAUCAAUUAGGCAAUGCAGCACAAGUUCCAACAACAACCUUGUCUCACUCAAGUUUUUGGAAUGAUCAAAAUGUUUUGGAUGAUGCAUUUGCAAAUGAGAAUUGGGAUGAUCUUAGAUCUAUUGUUCAGUUUACCUUUGAUCCAUCAAAGGUUUAUGAUUGUAAAGAUUUUAAUUAGAUUUAACUUAAGAUCAUCAUAUACUAUAGCUACUUUAAACUACUACUAUUAAUUACUACUAGUACAUAAAACAAUUUUCCGGUCCCACCUACUCCUUUAUUGGGCACCAGUGAAGAAGUUUCAUCCACCAUUAUAUACGAGUUUAACUAA